GCGCCCGAGCGCUCCGCCACGAGCAGCGGGACUGGCGGAGCGCUGCUGGGGAAUCCCGGCUCCCGCCGUGUUUGGGCCGGCGGUCGGUGCUGCUGCUCCUCUGCCCGCCCUCCCCGGCCGCCGCCAUGGCUGCGUGCUGCGGGGCUGUGCGUGGCUUCCUCUUCGAGUACGACACCCCCCGCAUCGUGCUGAUCCGCAGCCGCAAAGUCGGGCUGAUCAACCGCGCCGUGCAGCUCGGCAUCCUCGCCUACGUGAUCGGCUGGGUUUUUCUGUGGGAGAAGGGCUACCAGGAAACAGAUUCUGUGGUCAGUUCUGUAACCACGAAGGUGAAAGGAGUGAUAAUGACAAACACAUCCACCUUGGGAACCAGGAUCUGGGAUGUAGCUGACUACGUUAUCCCUCCCCAGGAGAAGAACGCUGUGUUCAUCAUGACCAACAUGAUAUUCACACUGAACCAGAGCCAAGGCCACUGCCCAGAGCUUCCAGAUGAUAACACAGAGUGCAACAAUAACAGCAGCUGCGUUCCAGGAUAUGUCAGCACCCACAGCAAUGGUAUCCAGACUGGGGCAUGCAUACCAUACAACAGCAGCAUCAAGACCUGCGAAGUCUUUGCAUGGUGCCCUGUGGAGGAUGACAAUCACAUACCCAAGCCGGCAUUCUUGCAAGGAGCUGAGAACUUCACCAUUCUGGUAAAGAACAACAUUUGGUAUCCGAAGUUCAACUUCAGCAAGCGAAACAUCCUCCCCACUUUCAGUUCCACUUAUCUCAAGAACUGCAUCUAUGAUGCCCAGACAGAUCCCUUCUGCCCUAUCUUUCGUCUGGGGAAAAUAGUUGAAGCUGCAGGGCAGAACUUCCAGGAAAUGGCUGUGGAGGGUGGGGUCAUGGGGCUGCAGAUCAACUGGGACUGCAACCUCGACAGAGCUGCUUCCCACUGCGUGCCCAGGUAUUCCUUCCGGCGCCUGGACAACAAGGACUCUGCCAACACUGUCUCACCUGGGUACAACUUCAGGUUUGCAAAAUACUACAAGGAUAGCAGCGGCACUGAAACACGAACGCUUAUCAAAGCUUAUGGCAUCCGCCUUGAUAUCAUUGUGUUUGGAAAGGCAGGAAAAUUUGAUGUCAUUCCUACCAUGAUUAACAUUGGCUCUGGCUUAGCGCUGUUUGGAGUGGCAACAGUGCUGUGUGACAUCGUUGUCCUGUACUGCAUGAAAAAGAGAUACUACUAUCGGGAGAAAAAGUACAAAUACGUGGAGGAUUAUGAACUGCAGGGCACAAGUGAGACAUACGGAACAGACUCCUGACCUCCUGCUGCUGCUGCACCAACUGGAUGUGAAGGGAUGCUGUGAAUGUUACUGUAAUCCUGCUGUGAGACCUACCCCUCCUUUAGAAUGAAGGGGUAACAGAACCUAAGAAAGGAACCUUCUUCAUUACUCAUCACCUUGUGUUGGCCAGAACCAAAAAGGAGACCUGGAUCUGCUCCUUGUCCGUUCUUUCCAGGUUAACUGCACCAAGCCUCGUAGCUUCAUGCCAGACAUCUUCACCAGCAGGCCUGGGACAGGCACUGCUCCAUCCUCGUCAUUUCAGCAGUCCUUUCCCUGAGCUCAGGUAGCAGUGAUGAAGCCCUUGAAGAGGCACAGACUCUUCCUUACAGGGAACAGGGCCUGUGACGUGCAUUGCCUGACCCUGGAAGAGCAGUCUCUUGCUGUCAGGGAUCAUGAUGCUUAGGUGAGACGACCUGCUAUUUAAUUGCAUCGCCAAGCUCUAGUGGCUACAGCCUGAGACAAAGCAGUGUCUGGUUCCAUUGUGACAUGGUAAAUAACUUACUGGCUACUGGAUUUCUUUUCUGUUUUGUCUGGCUAAUGCCACUAUGCUAGAAUUUAUUUUUCAUAAAAUGUUACUCUCUACCAGCUCUCUUGGAGUACUGCAAGCUAGGUUUGGGUUGCUUUAUUUCACUCUUGAUUUGUUUGCUGCUGCUUUGAGGACUGAGUCGAGGACCAAGUCGUCUCUCCAGGCUGUGCACAGAAAUGGCUCAGUGUGAAAUCCAUGCCCAGCAAACACCACACUGUAGUAGCAUAGGAGGAUGCUUUCAGACUCCUCUUCCAAUAAGCAAAAUCUCAUAGCUUUGAUAAAAACCAAUCAAACAUGAUAAAGGUUUCCCUUGAUUAACUAACUGGGGUUUGGUUGCACAUCAUUUAUUUUAGCUCAUACAGAGAAGCUUGAACAGCUGUGUGGAAAAACACUUAGUUGUUUUCUUCUUAGAUAAUAUAAUUUAAAAGUGGUAAAUACACAGUAUUUAAACUUGAUACACCUGAUUAAGUUAAAUGCAUAAUAAAGGGGUAGGAAUGAAACACAAGCCUUGGUCAUUAAACAGUAUAAAAAUCUGCAAUAGUUUGGGACUCUAGAAAAGAAACAGGUCAGUUGCCUGACAGGUAAGAGGGGACCACCAAAAAAACCCCAAACAAACGAAAACCAAACCAAACCACUCAGGACAAGAGGCCUGGUUUCCCCUUAGCACUUCCCUGUGUGCUUUCUGAGCCAAAAAGGCUGAGUACCCAGCAUUAACUCUACAGUCAGCACUGGGCUUGCUUGAAAGGAGGGGAAUUGGGGAAAUCAAGCUGUAACCCAGUUCCAAGGCACAAGCAAAAUAUUUACUUCACUGUAAGAAAGAAGCUAGCUUUACUACUAAAGAACAGCAGACAGGGAACCAAGCAGAUUUAUAUAUACAGUACAGCUUCUUUAACAGGUCAUGCAUUUAGACAUAGCUUCCUCACACAUCCAAGCUUUAUGCUUUCAACAAAAUGCAUCAACUAGAAAAUGUACAUCAAGUAUCUUUUAAAACCAUGCAAUUGGCUGCAGCCCUACCAGAGCACCAAGAGCCAAGCCUUUGGGAUCCAUAUGAACCAAGCCUGCACUGGCCAUAAGACACCAGUCUGUGCUAAUAUCUGAGUAACUGGGAUUGGGCACAGAGAAACUGGGACAGGUCAUUCUGCUCAGAAGCUGCAUUGCACCUGGCAAGGCUGUUUAGUAAAUCUAAACUGACUGCUAGGUACCUGCCAUAUCACCAACUCAGCACAGAGCAUCAUUACAGCUCACUCACCUUUAACAAAAACACACCACACACAUCACUAUGCACCAGUUACAAGUAACCAGAUCCCUCCCUUCCCCACCCCCCUCCCUUCUUUUUUUUGGCAGAACAAGCCCAUUUACAAAGUACAGAACCAAACCACCCACACCCCCUCGCAGUCACUAUUCCCACAAAGAGAAAGUCCUGUUUAGAGAUGGGAGAAGGCAGCCUUAGCAGUGCUGGCACCCCAGUUACCUGCUUGGUUUUCCCAUAGCUGAAGCUGGGGGGCUUUGGCACAGCCUUGGACUAAAAAGGGAGGAAAACAGUGCGUGUCUUAUGGCUCCAAUCUCCACAGUACUGCUCCUAUGCCACAAACUUGCUGGCACUGGCUUUGGAGAGGCCAGCUGCACCAUCUUUCAUUAAUUAACUGCAGCCUAGGAUAAGCAUAGUUUCAGGUGAUCAGACUUAUGGGGACAGUGCUGUAGGCACCUGUGCACUUGCUAACACCACCUGAAUUUAACGAGGACUCGUGAUAAGGAGGAAUUACUGGGCCAUGACCAUGGCCAGGAGCCACAGUGCUGUGCUGUUGGCAGUGCCAAGAUCACGGAAGACAAGGGAACAGUCACGUCCUAAACGCCUACAGGAGCUACGGCCAGCAACCAAAAACUUCCCUUUCUUAUAGCGCCUUCCUCCUCAGGGCAAAGAGCUCAGCUGUACCUCACACACUUGGGAUGCUUGAAUCCUCCCUCAUCCAGCACAACGCCAUCAGUGAGGAGACUGAGACAAGGAGCCCACCCAUGUCCCUCCCAGCUCCAUGAUCCACCAAACCAAACGUACUUAGUGAGCCCCUUGCUCAGCCCAGCCCUGAUGCCACAGCUCAUCUACACGCCGUCCUCCAGCUUUGAGACCUUGGCAAUGUGAGCCCAGAAGCCAGAGGCUCUCCCACCACAACAGAGACUUUUUGUUUUUAAACAAGCACCACAAAAUGAUCAGAGUAAUCUGACUGCAGGUGAAAGAGCUCUUCAUAAGAAACAAUCUGUUAAUUAGUCAUUCACUUAAUUUACUAGCAAGCCUCCGACCCACAGGCAUUCACAAUUACUGGUAAUGAACUUACAAAAAAAUACACAGCAUUGGCCCCAGAGUCCAAAUGAAGAGUUUGGAAAAACAGAGGUUUCUUUGGAAAAAAAAAAACCAAAA